AUGGUUUUUCAAGGCUAUAUCAAGAGAGGCAGCAUGCUUACUCGUUCCAUCACGGCACUUGCUGCGCUCAUCGUUCCCUUUGUCAGCUCCGAAUCGUCUAUCAAUGGCGGUCACCAAAAUGCACCAGCGAUAGCUACAAGAGAUGGAUAUUCCACACAGAAGGUGGCACCAAAAGUGGUGAUAAUCAGUAUGUUUGAUGGGGAGGAAGAAAUCUGGUUCGGCAUCCCAGAAUUCGACAUACUGGCCCAGAACAUAACAGUCACCGGCUUCUCGCCACAAUUCCCAGCUGCGCAUUGCACUGCAGAUGGAUCCAUUUGCCAGGUUGUCACUGCAAUGGGGGAAAUCAAUGCGGCAGUCACCAUAACCUCGCUAUUUUUAUCGCCAUUGUUCGACUUGACAUCAACCUACUUCCUCGUAGCUGGCGUCGGUGGUAUCAAUCCAGAGGUUGCGACAUUGGGAUCAGUUACGCUCGCGCGCUAUGCCGUACAGGUUGCUUUGCAGUAUGAGUUUGACCCUCGCGAGUUACCUGCAAACUUUUCAACUGGAUAUGUGCCUCAAGGAAGCUACGAACCGAAUGUGUACCCAGGCUCUAUAUAUGGUACCGAGGUGUUCGAAGUCAACGACGCCCUUCGAAAAUUCGCUGCAGGAUUUGCUAGAACUGCUGUUCUGAACGACAGCACAGAGGCUGUUGCGUAUCGGGCACUAUAUGACACACCAGAAGGGAUCUAUAAGGCUGGGACGGAACCUCCAAGUGUAGUCGAAUGCGACGUAACAACAAGCGACAAUUGGUUCAGCGGCAGAUUGCUCGGCGAAGCGUUCAGCAACUACACGAAAGUGCUUACGAACGGGACUGGAGUUUACUGCAACACAGCGCAGGAAGACAAUGCUACACUGGAAGCUUUGUUGCGUGGCCAUAUUGCUGGACUGGUGGACUUUUCCCGCAUCAUUAUCAUGCGUACUGCUAGCGACAUGGACCGACCAUAUCCUGGACAAGCGGCGACAACGAAUAUGUGGUAUAGCAAUCAAGGUGGCUAUCCGCCUGCGCUGAAGAAUCUUUACUUGGCCGGUGUGAAGAUCAUCGGAGGGAUUGUGGGUGGGUGGAAUGAAACAUUUGCGCAAGGAGUCAAUGCUACGAACUAUGUCGGGGAUGUUCUGGGGAGUAUGGGCGGAACGCCUGAUUUUGGACCAGGGCCUGCGUCCCAGGGACAAACUUCCAAGAGGAAGAGGGCGACUAAGAGACAGGCUAGGUCGCAUCUCUAG